AUGGCAUGCCCAUUCGUGCGAGAUGUGGUGGAUGAAGAAGCACUUGUGCUGAGGAGAGCCUUCAGGCGAGAAAGGGUCUUCAGGGACCGGUUGGACCCACUGGCCUUCCCUGAUGACCAUCUAUAUGAAAGAUACAGGUUUUCUGCAGAUGGCAUCAGGUAUCUAUGCAGACUACUGGGUCCCAGGAUUAAGCACCGCACUGCACGGAGCCAUGCACUGAGUGUGGAGCAAAUGGUUUGUGUGGCCUUGCGCUUUUUUGCUAGUGGAGCCUUCCUGUACUCAGUGGGUGAUGCAGAACAGCUGAACAAGGCCACAAUUUGCCGCACAAUAAGGAGUGUGUGUCUGGCUAUCAAAGCAUUAGCAGAUGUCUUCAUCUCCUUCCCUGGCCACAGAAGACUCUGUGACAUCAAAGAGGAGUUCUAUAGGAUUGCAGGUUUCCCCAAUGUCAUUGGUGCAGUGGACUGCACACACAUAAGGAUAAAAGCCCCCUCAGGUGCCCAUGAGGCUGAUUUUGUGAAUAGGAAAUCCUUUCACAGCAUUAAUGUUCAGAUGGUCUGCAAUGCUGACUGUGUGAUCAGCAAUGUUGUGGCAAAAUGGCCUGGCUCAGUCCAUGACUCCAGAAUCUUUCGGGCCUCUGAAAUCUAUCACAAGGUAAGCCAAGGUGAAUUCUCUGGUGUGUUGCUGGGAGACAGGGGGUAUGGCUGCCAGCCUUUUCUCCUGACACCUUUCACAGACCCCCAGGAAGCACAGCAGGCCUACAACCAUGCCCAUGCCAGGACCAGGGCCAGAGUUGAAAUGACCUUUGGCCUCCUGAAGGCACGCUUUCACUGCCUUCACAAAUUAAGGGUCAGCCCUGUUAGGGCAUGUGAUAUUACUGUGGCUUGUGCUGUCCUCCACAAUGUGGCCUGCCUGAGGAAG